AUGUCUGCGGACGAUAUUUUGCGGUUUGCACCCUUCUCCUCGGCUGUUGAAGCAACGUUUUGGCACGCGUUAACCACACAGAAAAUAGACGUUUACAAGUUGGACGACGAUCUUAAAGAUGUCUUGGGUUAUUACUCAACGGGCAACUAUGUGAGUCGAGACGCGGGUGAAGCUGCUAUAUCGAUGCCAGCGCGGUUAUGUCUUGGUUCUAAUGCCUUUUUUCGAAAUGAGUCAUCUUUACGUGGUAUCCCACCCUUUUCUUAUCCGUCAGUGGGUCAAAUAAAAAACACAAACACUAUCGAAGAAUUCAAACAAUUUGACAAGACUGCAUUGUUCAAAAGAGUCGCGGAUCAAAUUUGGCAAGACAUUGUCUCUGGUGAUGCUGUUACUCAGCCACACCUUCUAACACGUUUUCUGCUCAUCACCUUUGCGGAUCUAAAAAAAUACAAAUUUCACUUUUGGUUUGCUUUCCCCGCUCUUUUGGCUGAUCCUCCAUGUGCGCUGGCUGAUCAAGGGGGACCAAGGAGUGUUACGGAGGUUUGGGAUGCUGAUGAGUUGGAGAAGCUGAGAGUGGCGUACGAUACUUAUAGGCAAGAACAAACUGAUGGGAACGCUGCAUUCUUUUUGAUCAAAAAAAAGAUUGAGGGUGGGGAUGAUAAGAAAGAAUUUGCAGUUGGCAGGCUACAGGAGUGGAAUUCCUUCUUUGAAGGUGUAGAUCAGAAUGAGAGGAUUGUAGGGUUUGCUGAUCCGUCAAGUAUGCCAGCAAAUCCCGGUUGGCCUCUUCGUAAUUUUUUAGUACUGCUUCAACAUCAGUGGCGCGUUAAACAAAUAAAGGUAUUCUGUUUUCGAGAAAUUCCUGGAAAGAAAGAUAUCUCGCAAAGUAUUUUUUUGAAGGUCAAGUUGCCCGAGUCUAUAUCCGCAGAUGAAACCCCGAAAGCUGUGGGAUGGGAGAAAAAUCCGCAGGGCAAACUGGGACCUCGCACGGCUGAUCUGGCUCCUUUGAUGGACCCCAAGCAGCUUGCAGAUACAUCAGUUGAUCUCAAUCUCAAACUGAUGCGAUGGCGAAUAGUUCCUGACCUCCAAUUAGAGAAAAUUAAGGAUACAAAAUGUCUAUUAUUGGGGGCUGGUACUUUGGGGUGUUAUGUUGCUAGGAACCUUUUGGGAUGGGGAGUACGCAACAUUACAUUUGUUGACAAUUCUCGAGUGUCAUUUUCAAAUCCUGUGAGGCAGUCUUUAUACGCGUUUGAAGAUUGUUUGAAUGGCGGGAAGCCAAAAGCUAAAACUGCUGCCGAGAAUCUGAAGACAGUUUACCCUGGAGUUAAUGCUGAAGGAUACCAUCUCAACGUGCCAAUGCCAGGACAUCCAAUUACCAAUGAAGCGCAAACGCGUGCUGAUGUUGAAAAAUUGACUCAGCUCAUUGAAACUCAUGAUGUGAUUUUUCUACUAAUGGAUAGUAGAGAAAGUAGAUGGCUUCCUACUCUAUUAGGAGCGAGCAUGAAAAAGCUAGUUAUUAAUACAGCCUUGGGAUUUGACACAUAUCUUGUAAUGAGGCAUGGUGUUGAUGAUGAUGAAAAUCAAACUCCAGCUAUUGGUUAUGAUGGAACUAAUUUACCUCACGUAAAGCGUCUUGGUUGCUACUUUUGCAACGAUGUUGUGGCACCGACAGACUCGCUCAAAGAUCGUACUCUUGAUCAACAAUGCACUGUCACUCGUCCUGGAUUAUCAGCUAUUGCUAGUGCCAUGGCUGUAGAGUUAAUGAUUUCGGUAUUGCAUCAUGAGAAAGGACCUGCUGCACCUGCGGAUACCGCUGCGUCACAGUCUAAAUCUUCAUCAACCCCACUUGGAAUUAUACCUCACCAAAUGCGAGGAUUUCUUGCUGAAUUCAAUAAUAUGAUCAUUGUUGGCCAAGCUUAUGACAAGUGUACUGCAUGUUCGGAGAGAGUAUUAAAAGAGUAUAACGUCAAUGGAUUUGAAUUCCUGAAGAGUGCAUUCAAUUCUCCUUCAUAUUUGGAGGAACUGACGGGUUUGUCCCAACUGCAUGAAGCCAGUGAGAACAUGGACGAUUUUAUUUGGGACGAUGAGGAUCUUUAG